UUGAUUGCGUUGACGAUUCUGCAGAUACGUCAAACGAAUGUUUGUUUUUAAUAAAUAAUAUUUUAAGGUCAAUACCUAUUCCGAUAAAGUUAUUGGAAUAAAAUGAUUGCUUAAUUUGUCAUGAAUAAUUGCGCCUCGGAUUUUCUUAUAAAUAGCAUAAAAACUUUGAUCGACAACUGUCGAUGUGUCAAUUGUGAUCACUUAAAUCAAGUACGUCAUAGGUUUUCUUGUGGUCAUUCAAUAUGUGAAGUAUGUAUUGAAACAAGUAAUACAUGUAUGCUUUGCUCUCCUACAUCAUCAAAUGUAACUCCAGUCAUUGAUAAACCACAAACAGAGAGAGUGCAGCAUGCUUCUGAACUAUUAAAUAGUUUCCAAAGCCUCUUUGAUGUUGAUGUUUACAGAAAGCAAAGGAUUUCAGAGAAAUUAAAAGUAGAAAAAGAAAUAUUUCCUAAAUGUAUUCAAGCUCCUAUAAAAUAUUACAAUAAAAGGAAAAGUUCAAUAUUUAUUGAUAAAGAAAAUAUAGAAACAUUCCUUCCUGGUGAAAAUAUUUUUCCAUAUGAGAGAGUGAAAAUGGAAAACUCAAAAACAUAUGUUAAUCAAUGGUUGAACCAAAACCAAAAUAAUUUUUCAAAAGAUAAUAAAGCCCGGUUGCCUUUUACUGAUCUAAGUAUAAACUCUUGUAAAUCUAAGAAUUUAAAUAAUAAAGACAAAUCAAUUAGCAAGAAGAGAAAAUUAAAUAAAACUGCAUGUACUACCCCUACAAGUACUUAUAAGCCACGGUGCAAGGAAAACAGAGGUUAUGGUUUAAGAAAAUGCAAUAACCAUGAAAGUGGCAUAGAAUUAGAUGAUGACAUUUGUUUUAUAAAUGAUUCACAAAGUGAAAUACUAGAGAAGGCCCAAAUUGCUGUACUAGAGGCUGAUAAAAAAAGUUAUAGCUUUAUGGGUGAUUCUUUAUAUGUUAGUAAGGAUACAAUAAACCAUAUAAAACCCAACAAAUCUUUAAAUUUAAGAAAUGAGCAUAUUGAAAAUAUACCUAUUACAUCCAAGUUCAUGUCUACCUCACCAUACAAAGUUCCAUUUUAUAAGAAGAGCAAACUAUUUGAAUCAUGCCAAUUGUGUGCAACAUAUAUUGAUGAAAAGUUUACUAAUGAAAUAAAAAUGAAAAAUGUGACAGUUACAAUUGACAAUCCAAGUUUUAUAACAACAAUUCAGAUAUUUGAAGAUCCAAAACAUGUUCCUGAAUAUAAAUCAAUUGGAAUCCAAACAGAGAAAAUUGGAGUAAAUCUAGAGAAACCAGCAACAGAUAUGGAUUUAUUUCAAAAAAAUAUAAGGGAUACAGGCAAUGUACCUAACCAUGAACAUGCAAUACAAAACUCAUGCAAAAUAAUUAAUAAACCUAAGGGUAUUGUUAUUGAAGAUUCUGAUUGUGACAGUUCCGAUAAUGAAGCAAGUGUUAAAUUGGAAGUUAUGGCGGACAUACACAAAGCCUGUAAAUACGAAGAUUAUGUUUUUAGACAAUUGAAUUCUUAUGAAUAUGGUAACAGAGUUAUACCAAGGGUUCGUGGGAAAACGCCAGCAAGUUCAGAUUCAUCAGACAAAGAGAAUUAUAAUCCAAACCGAAAAAAACAAAAGCUUAAUUCUAAAUGUAAGAAAAAGUGAAACAUAUCACUACUUUUAAUAUUUUCCUAAAUUAUUUGUUGUUUACAAUUUUUGUAAAUAAAUUGAAUAUAUUUUUUAA